UUCAGCCACAGGCUUGCUCCCCUCCUCUCCCCUCUGCUGGAAUGAGUGCCUGAGGAUUAAAGAGGCAGGGAGGCUGGACUAGAGGACCACAGGAUUGGGAUUGGGAUUGUAAAGGUCAGACAGGACUGGAUUAGUACUGGAGCUUUGGGCUGUUUUGUACUGGAAUUGGUGACUAAGUAAGAGUUGUGGACUCUGGAGCUGGAGCGAGAAUCAAAACUUGACUACGAAAAGCUAAAGAAACUGAGUGUUUUCGGCCGCACUGGGACCUCUGAGACUGGCGGUGAAGCCAUUCAGCACGCAGAAGCGUUCUCUGGUAUGAACCUCAGGAUUAUGACACAAAUGUUGCCUGAUGACCUCAGUCCAGAGGAGAGACAGGAGCUGGAGAGCAUCCGCCGCAGAAAACAAGAGCUCCUGCAGGACAUACAAAGGCUGAAGGAUGAGAUAGCAGAGGUGACCAAUGAGAUUGAAAACCUGGGCCUGACUGAAGAGAGGAAAAGCAUGCAGAGGAAUAAACAGAUGGCCAUGGGCCGAAAGAAGUUCAACAUGGACCCCAAGAAGGGGAUCCGUUUUUUGAUGGACAGUUCUCUGCUGAAGAACACCAGCGAGGACAUUGCCCAGUUUCUCUACAAGGGGGAGGGUCUGAAUAAGACAGCCAUUGGAGAUUACCUGGGGGAGAGAGAUGACUUCAACAUCGAGGUUCUGCACGCCUUCCUGGAUUUGCACGAGUUCACGGACCUGAACCUGGUUCAGGCCCUCAGGCAGUUCCUGUGGAGCUUCAGGCUGCCCGGCGAGGCUCAGAAGAUCGACCGCAUGAUGGAGGCGUUCGCCCAGCGAUACUGUCACUGUAACCCUGGAGUGUUUCAGAGCACAGAUACCUGUUACGUGUUGUCGUUUGCCGUGAUCAUGCUGAACACCAGUCUACACAACCCUAACGUGAAGGACAAACCCUCGGUUCAGAGAUUCACAGCGAUGAACAGAGGCAUUAAUGACGGAGGAGACCUGCCGGAGGAGCUACUCAGGAACCUGUACGACAGCAUCAAGAACGAACCCUUUAAGAUCCCAGAGGAUGAUGGGAAUGACCUCACGCACACCUUCUUCAACCCCGACAGAGAAGGGUGGCUUCUGAAACUCGGAGGUGGACGAGUAAAGACCUGGAAGAGACGCUGGUUUAUUCUCACAGAUAACUGCCUCUACUACUUUGAAUACACCACUGAUAAGGAGCCCAGAGGAAUUAUUCCACUGGAAAAUCUGAGUAUCAGAGAAGUUGAGGACUCUAAGAAACCGAACUGCUUCGAGCUCUUCAUCCCCAACCACAAAGAUCAGGUGAUCAAGGCCUGUAAGACGGAGGCAGACGGCCGCGUCGUCGAGGGGAACCACACUUUCUACAGAAUCUCCGCUCCGACGACAGAGGAGAAGGACGAGUGGAUCAACAGCAUCAAAGCUGCCAUCAGCAAAGACCCGUUCUACGAGAUGCUGGCUGCUCGGAAGAAGAAGGUUUCAUCUCUGAAGGGGCUGUAGAGCUGAUGAGGAUUAAACAUUGAAACCACAAGCACAGGUUUGACUCACCAAAGCAGCAGACUGGACAUGGACCUGAUAUUCCUGCUGCUGCAGUGACACUUGGACCUGGUACAGAGGAUUCAUCUUUUAAAGAGGCUCGUCCUUUGGCACCGACUCUCUUUACAGGUUUGACCUUCGGUUGAAUGUUUAAUUUCCCAUCAGCAGACAAAAUGAUUCAGUCAUAGACUUUUUUUUUGUUAUCAUAAAACAUCUCCUUUUGAAAACCAUACUUCUGCAGUGCUAUAACCAUGCUCUGCCCUUUGGUUAAGGCUCCCACUCCUCUUCAAAUCUGCCGAAAUGACUGUUGAAACGUGUCUGAUUCAUCUCAGAGCCUCCUCAUGCAGACUGUUUGUGAUUGAGCCGCAGCUACUCAAACAUUUCAUUGGAGGGAAAAUGUGGAGAAGAGAGCAGGAAAUGUUUUCAGUCAGAUUGAAAAUGUAAUCAGUGUGUAACACUGAAACAUAAAUAGUGACGGUUAGGAACCAGACAACUUGCUGACGUUUGACUAAAACCUUUCUACAUCUGGUAAAAGAACAACACAGCAGAAAGAGUGAUGAUGAAAUGCUGGACAGUUACAGUAUAAAUCAUAUGCUGUACAUUAGCAUGACUCAGAUUUUACAUCUCUAAAAUUAAACACUUUAGUUAGUUUACAACCAACCAAUCUCCAUUUUGAUCAGUGGAGGCCUGUUGUCCAGACAAGGAUUAAACCUGGUCCCAGACUGAACUAUAAUGAAGAUAUCUAGUGAAAGAAGGUCAUUAGUUUGGUCUGGUAUUAGUCCUUGUCUGGGUCUUUGGCCUCUGGACUUCAGUGUUUGUUGCCAUAUAAGUGCUUUUUUUUUUUUUUUUUUUUUUUUCUUCCCAAACCCUGUUUUCUUACUGCUGUUGCUCUUUUGUCAAAGCACUGUUAAUGGAAAUGAAGGCAAUGCAUAAAUAGCUAAAUAUUUAUUUAUCCAGAUUUCUUGUAAUUUAUUAUUUUCAGUUUUUGCCUCAUUAAAACUUUGCAAACCAA